GUAUCUGCCUUUGGGCAGCCGAGCGCCCCGUCAUCGUUCUUCGGGCAGAACGCUGCACCGUCAGUGCCGAAGGCGACAGUGUCGGGCAAGCCGGACUUCACGGCUGGUCGGGCGCGAGCACACGCGUCGUACCGGCCGGGGGUGUCGAAGUACGAUGAUCUGCUCCCGCCAAAUUACAUGGAGCUUCUGCCGAAAGCAGCGCUGGAAGCGUUCAGCGCAGACAGCGACCGGUUCGAUUGGGCGAAUAUCCCCGAGUGGAUUCCGCCGAAGGAGCUGCGGUAG